AUGGUGUUGGUACGCAUCAUCGUGGACAGCGUCGCAGCAGGCAGCUUUUCGAAAAUUGAAUUCGAACCACACGCGCCGGCCCGAGACGAAUUUGUUUGCGAAAAUAGUGCAAAACUCAAUCAAAUAUUUCCUUGGCCAACGAAAUUGGCGGUUUCGUGCGAACGAGCACAUCUCAUGGAUGUUGUGCACAUGUUGUGGAAAUUUGGUUACCCUGGAUUUGUAACGUUGGAUCAUCGUGAAGAUGGCACUACGAACAUGAUGAAAGAUGGAAAACUUUUCAGGUGUGCUCAAGCGAUUUUUGACGGAUUUUUCAUGGUCUAUAGGAUAAUUAUUUUUUGGAAGGGAAAUUACGUUAGAAUUUCUUUUCAUUGUAUUCAUGUGUUCAUGAGGAGGGGGAGGGGGCGGAGGAGUUCGUGGAGGGCGGGACUUUCUGGAAUGGUUUUUCUGUACUAA